AUAAGACUCAGCUAUAAUUAAACCUAAAUUGAUGUUUUUCUUCUUCCUACCCUCUUCUUCUUCUAGAUUUCUUGAUGGUCGGAGAGAAGCAACGACCCAGGCGGCCCUGAGUGGCUAGUGUCGGGGACGACAACGACGACGGAGGCAACUCGUGGUGGACUGCGACGUUUCCAGAUCUGCGUGGUGGCUGGGUUCGACAGCUACGGGGUUAGUUGCAUCGUUGGGGUCUGGUUCGCCAACGUCAACGUGAGGAACUGAGCUGGUGGGACUCUCAGGCGGAGGGGGGCAGGGGUGUCGCGACGAGGACUGGGUGUUCUUCAGACCUGUAGUUUUACUUCUUCUUGAUGAAAUUUAAGAAGGGGGAAGAAGAUUGGUUCUAAUUAGUGUUCUUGCUGACAACAUCCCUCUUCGUCUUCGUCUUCUACUUCCAUGUUCCGGCUUUCUUUUCUCUCUUUUUAACAGAAAAAGCUCUGAAACCCAGAGCCUUUUCUGUUCUGGGUCUCUCUUUUGCUAGUUCUUCAAGGUUCAAUGGUGGCUUAAUGCUCAGUAAGGUGUUCGUUGAGUAAGAGUGUUUGAGCUUGUUUUGGUCAUCCUUUUCGCCAUUUUCUCUGUUUAUUGUAUAGCAAUGGCCGAGUAUAUCUGUUUACUGAACCAGGAUUCUAUCGUUAUUAAGGCUCCUAAGAAAACAACCCUCUUGUUGAGGAUGAUAGUGUUGGUGUUUGCCAUGGUUUGUGGAGUUUAUAUCUGCUCAAUAUGCGUGAAGCAGAUAAAUUUUCAAACCCUUAGUUCAAAUCAAAGCAUCCAAGUUGUUGAAAGACCUUGUCUUGAUAAUGGAAUUAAGCUACUAGAAUACCCUUAUGUGCAUUAUCCCAAUCCCAAAACCUUUAGCAGGGAUGAGUGUGACCAUAAUCCUGUUAGGUUCUUCUCUAUCUUGUCGAUGCAGAGAUCGGGAAGUGGGUGGUUUGAGAGCCUCUUGAAUAGUCAUAUUAAUAUAAGCUCUAAUGGAGAGAUAUUUUCUCGUUGGCAUAGGAGGAAAAAUAUAUCUUCCAUUGUUGAGACUAUGGAUAAGGUUUAUAAUUUGGACUGGCAGAGUAGUGCUUCGAAAAAUGAGUGCUCUGCUGCAGUUGGCUUCAAGUGGAUGCUUAAUCAGGGUUUGAUGGAGCAUCAUAAAGAAAUAGUGGAAUACUUUAACCGUAGGGGUGUUUCUGCAAUAUUUCUCUUCCGUAAGAAUUUAUUGCGUCGGAUGGUCUCAAAUCUUGCAAAUUCGUAUGAUCGAUAUGCUAAGCUAUUGAAUGGAACUCACAAGGCUCAUGUACAUUCCGUUGAGGAGGCUGAAAAACUGUCAACAUACAAGCCAAUAAUCAAUUCUACAUCUUUGGUUGAUGACCUGGUGAAAAUGGAGUUGGCAACUGCGUCGGCUUUAGCAUGUUUCAACACCACUAGACACAUGAUUUUGUACUACGAGGAUGUUAUGAAGAACCCUGCUAAACUGAACGAUGUUCAAGUGUUUCUUGGACUGCCAGUGACGGAGCUAAGGAGCCGUCAGGUGAAAAUACAUAAAGGAUCACUAUCAGAUCACAUCAAGAACUGGGAUGAAGUGAACAGGACGCUUAGCGGAACAGCAUUCGAGCAUUUUCUCUACUCUGAUUAUUAGUCCGAGUCCCCAAUCUGCUGCCAACUCUUGGAUCGGUGUAAAUACCAACCUAACUUAUUCUUAUACAUAAGCUUAGCUUACAGGGUACUGGUCAAGGUUAGAAAAUUUUGUGGCUGCAACAUUCUCUUGUCAAUUACAGUCAACAAUUCGUUGAUGUGAUAAUUUGUUCAUUAGUUUAUUUUCUUUUAUUUUUUCUUCCCCUUUUUGAUGCCCUAUCAAAUUGUAUAUGUCAUUUUGUUCUUUAAGAUGGUUUGGCUCAAGUUUGUAUGAGUUUUUAAUCAUAAACUAAUUAUGGAAAUGUUUUUUGAGGACUGUAAGGAGCCCAUUUGCUUCUUUCUAUUACAAGUUUUAUGCAUUUUCAUGCAA